GCACUAAAAAUAAAUCUAAAAUUUCACUUGCACCCACCCACACACCCUCGCAUCCAUCGUAAUCAAAACUUAAUUCACAUUUUUGUUUGGGUUUUUUCAUCACAGUGCUUUUCUUUCCUUCCUUCUGAGAUUGCUGAAGAGAGAAAAGCAAAAUCGAAAGAACUGAAUUGGAUUUCAUUGGCGGAGUGAAAGUGAAGUGUUGCGCAAAUCUGAUUGGCAAGAAUGGCGCCAGUGUCGGCUCUCGCAAAGUACAAGCUGGUGUUCUUGGGCGAUCAAUCCGUUGGGAAAACCAGCAUCAUCACUCGCUUCAUGUACGACAAAUUCGACAACACUUAUCAGGCUACAAUCGGUAUCGAUUUUCUGUCAAAAACUAUGUAUCUUGAAGAUCGAACUGUUCGACUGCAAUUGUGGGAUACAGCUGGCCAGGAAAGAUUUAGAAGUCUUAUUCCAAGCUACAUUAGGGACUCAUCUGUUGCUGUCAUUGUUUAUGAUGUUGCAAGCCGUCAGACUUUCCUAAACACAUCAAAGUGGAUUGAAGAGGUGCGCAGUGAAAGAGGCAGCGAUGUUAUUGUUGUUCUUGUUGGGAACAAAACUGAUCUUGUGGAUAAAAGGCAAGUCUCUACAGAGGAAGGGGAAGCAAAGUCCCGAGAGCUAAACGUUAUGUUUAUUGAAGCUAGUGCAAAAGCUGGCUUUAAUAUAAAGGCCCUCUUUCGAAAAAUUGCUGCUGCAUUACCCGGAAUGGAAACAUUAUCUACAACAAAACAGGAAGAUAUGGUUGACGUGAACCUGAGGUCUUCUGGUAGCCAUGAUUCCCAACCUCAGUCGGGUGGAUGUUCUUGCUGAAUGAAUGUGCCUUGUCCUAAAGUUUUGUAUCUUUUUGCUUCAUGCUAUUUAUUUUGGAAUGUGUUUGUCUCAGAUCUGUAAAGAUUCAUUAGUCCUUUAGACUUAAACAACUUUAUGUGAGAGAAACUAUUGAAAACAAGUGGAGAGGUAGCAAUGGAAGAACAAAUGUAAUACAGCUCAUUGGUUAGUUGGCUAUUCAUUAUUAUUUACUUUGAUAAAGAUAAAAGUCUACAUUUACCUUCUUCGUCCUA